GGCUUAUCGAACGCGCACGCGGCGCAACUGGUCGGAGCGGUAGCUUUCGGUCGUGCGACACUCAUCGACGGAGCACAGUACGUCGCCCGAAUGGCCCGGGUUCACAGCAUCACGAAUUCGCCUUAGUAGUAGUCAUAUGGCUACACCAACACUAAGGUGGCCACCGGCUAUUACCGGCAAAACGACCGUGAUCGUAGUAAUCGUAGCCGUCCUGUUCACAGUGGUCACAUCGGCCGCGCACUUGGUUGGCGGCCAAGCUCUAAAAACAGUCAAAGAUAAAUCAGAACUACAAAGAGCUAUUGACUGGCUAACUUUGCAACGAGACAAAAACUGGGGAUGGGGAAGCGGAACGGACACGGCUCGGGCCAUUGUAGCAAUGGAGGUAACCAAGACUGGUGGACGUCUAGAACGAGAACUGAGCGCCAAACAGUUAGAAAUCGAACUUUUGGCUAGACUUUGGCAACACCACGACCCUGAUUCAGUUACUCUUCAGCAACAAGACGAUGAAGACGAAGCUUUGACUGUGGCCAAUAUUGCGACGUACUCAUUGGCAUUGGCUAGCGCUUGUCACGACCCAAGACAGUUCCACGGACAUGAUUUAAUUGGUUCUUUACUUCAGCAUGAAACUAUUUCGGAUUUAGAUUUUUCGUAUAGUUCUCUUGUUGCAUGCGAAUCGGGAACGCACGUCCGUAAAAGACACAUUAGGAGGCUAAUGGAAAUCGCGAAUACCAAACACACAGUUGAUUCGUUGAGCGUGGCGAUUUUAGCUCUGCAAUGUGUGGAACACGACCAUCGAAAUCGAAAUGUAAAACCUUUAUUAAAGAAGCCUUUGGCCACCUUGAUGACUCUCCAGGAAACAGACGGAGGGUUUGGCAGUCUUCACACUACUGCUCUUGCAAUAAGGGCUUUGCACGAAGGUAAAGCUUUAUGGAAUAGGACAAACGCUGUUGAUUGGCUAUUAAACCAUCAAGGGCCUGACGGAGCCUUUUUCGACGUGACCACCACAGCUGAAGUGAUUGUAGCAUUAGCUCGAGUAUCAGGUAUCACCGAGGGAAUUGCUGAUCAUUGUGACGUUCGGCCAGGAGCUGAUAAAGACAACGUUGGCACAGCAGUUAUCAUUCCACAUCCGUCAUCUUUAGAUAGCAAUCACACAGUACCAGUCAACUAUAGCGAAGAAACUAUGAUCGACGAGUAUAAAGCACUACAAACCAUAGAAAUGGGUACAAACGUGACUGUAAGUUAUUCAUUGUGGAUCGGCAGCAAUAUUACAGAAAAACGGUCCAUAAACAUUACGGCCAAUCAUAAUGUGACAUUUUAUGAAAUCAUGCAGCGAGCAUCAGACCUAGACAAUGCUUUUACGUUUUCUGCUACAGAAUGGCCAAAUGGUCACUAUGUACAUACACUGUCAGGACUUAAAGAAGAACCUACGAGCUAUCAUUUUUGGUUGUUGUAUAAACUAAAAUCAAGUCCGGACCCAAAAAAUCCACCAAGUAAUCAAUUAGUGGCACCAACAGGCGUUGAUGAUUUAAUUGUUCAGAAUGGAGAGCACUAUUUGUUUUGGUACAAAAAACUUUAAACCAAA